CUGGGUCAAGGGGGAUGUAUAGUUUUGCUAGUCGGAGCCCCUUGUUGAAGGUGAUCUUUGAGACCCCAGACUCAAAUAGAGACUGGAAGAGUCGUUACUUCUUCCUGGAGGGUAACAGAUGGAUGAACCAUCCAGGGGAGACGGAGUACCUGCCCGUUGACACAACCUGGGCAGUGAUAAAUCAAUUGCGUAUGCACCCGUCUUAGUUUUGUUCUGCUUUUCAUAUCCGUCCAUUUUUAUGUGUAUAUUCUGAUCGUCUUUCUCUGUAGGUAGACGGCGCCCGCAAGUUAGCCUUGAGGAAUUCAGUUUCCUUGAAGAGAUUUGCAGAAAAACUAAGCCGGAAGAAAGGACCUGGGCCAAGUUAGUGAACCCAAAAACAAUACACUGGUAUUGUGACGGUCCAGAACCUACUCGCGAGGCCAUUGCAUACGACGAAAGAAUACACAAACAAAUGGACGACGCAAAGAGAAGGGCGAUGAUAAAAUCACUAGCCGUCGAGCAAAAGAAGACGGGUGAAGUUGUGGUUCCUAAGAUGCCGGGGUCGUCGGCUAAGAGGAAGCAGCCGCCAAAGUCUGACCGUCCAUACAAGCAGCCGAAGGUUUCAUUGGAACCCGUUGUGGGCUUGAUGGCUGAGGGUGUUAAGACCGUCACCCAAGCCAAACAUGGAACCGGUAAGGGCUUAAUGCAUGCCCCACCCGUCAACGAGGAGAAGCCCCCUUCCCUUCUCCGUGACGACUCGAAGUAUGCCUUGGAGAAACUUUCGUCGAUAAUUUCCGCAGAGGAUUACGAGGAUCUGGGGAAUCAUUCGACGGAGGCAAUGGGGGAGACGGGUUUAUUCGCCGUUGGACAGUCCUUGGUUAUGAUGAAGGGCUUGAUGGAUCGCUGCCUCAACCGUGAAGCGGCUCUGGAGCGUGUACGGACAAAGGCUGGGCAGACGGAGGAGGAGCUUAGCCAACUGUAUAAGUGGAAGUCCACAAUGGAGCAGAAGUUUGAACUGUCUGAGAAGACCAGGAAAGAGUUCGAACAGAGGACGGAAGAAGCUGGGAAGGCCUUGAAGGGAAAGGAAGAUGAAGUAAAGGACUUGAAGAAGAAACUCCGUCAGGCCAAGGAUGAUGCCGUCAACGAGUAUCGCGACUCUGAGGCAUUGUUGAAGGAGCUGGGGGGAUCGUUCCUUCAAGGCUUCGACGAUGCACUCCGUCAGAUAAAAAAGGCCUACCCAGAUCUGGACGUGUCCAUGAUAUCCGUCAGUGAUCAAGAUCAGACAUCUGCUCUGCCCGUCGCCUCAGACAAUACGGAGGACCUUUUCGGAGACGAAACAGCUCAGGGUGACGGAGAGUCCGCUGUGCCGACUGAGGUUCCUGUUGCCGACCCCAAUAAAGCAGAUUAA